UUUCUCUUCUAUGGAUCUUCACUGGAAAAUUGCUUAUAUGGAUUGGACAAGAUCCUUCGAUCUCUGUUGAGGCUGGGAAAUACUCGAUUUGGCUCAUUUCAUCUCUUUUUCGCUAUGCAAUUCUUCAGUCACUUAAUUGCUAUUUCCAGACUCAAAGUUUAAUCCUUCCGAUGCUAUGGAGCUCAGUAGUGUCGCUAUGCUUUAAUUUACCUCUCAGUUGGGCUUUGAUAUUCAAAUUUAAGUUAGGGACCAGUGGAGCAGCUAUGGCAAUUGGUUUAUCAUAUUCGUUGAACGUAAUCUUGCUUGUGCUUUAUCUGAAGUAUUCAUUAACCUGUCAAAAGACGCGUCCCUUUUUCUCAAAGGAUGUUUUUAUUGUUAUGCCGCAGUUCUUCCAAUUUGCCAUUCCAUCUGCAGGAAUGGUUUGCCUUACAACCUCUCAAAUACACUUCCAGCUAUCCUAUUCUUUUGGUGCUGCUGCAAGCACUCGGAUUUCAAAUGAAUUAGGAGCAAGGAAUCCAAAAGCAGCAAGAAAUUCUAUAUGUGCGGUCUUCACUCUAGCAACUGUGGAGUUCCUGAUAGCAAGUGGAAUUCUGUUUUUGUUGCGUAAUUUAUGGGGAUACGCUUUCACACAUGAACAAGAAGUCGUCAAUCUUCUAAAAGAAAUUACUCCUCUUCUUUGCCUCUCCAUGUUCCUAAAUACCGUAGUAGCAGUAUUAUCAGGAGCAUAUUACUUGGUUGGAAUUCCUGCCUCUUUACUCAUGGGAUUCGUUUUGAAUUGGAGAGCAAAGGGCAUGUGGAGUGGAAUAAUCAUGGGGUCAAUUGUGCAAACAAUUCUGCUUUCUAUUGUCACUUGUCUCAGUGAUUGGGAAAAACAG